AUGUCUGGACGCGGUAAAGGAGGCAAAGGUCUAGGAAAGGGCGGCGCUAAGCGUCAUCGUAAAAUUUUAAGAGACAACAUCCAGGGCAUAACCAAGCCUGCUAUCCGUCGUCUAGCUCGCCGCGGUGGUGUGAAGCGUAUCUCUGGUCUGAUCUACGAAGAGACUCGCGGAGUCCUGAAAGUCUUCCUUGAGAACGUCAUACGUGAUGCUGUGACCUACACCGAGCACGCCAAACGAAAGACAGUGACAGCCAUGGACGUGGUCUACGCUCUCAAACGCCAAGGACGUACUCUCUACGGAUUUGGUGGUUAG